CAAUUAUCUACACAAGGCUGGGCCUGUUGACUCAGUGUCAUGGAGAGAGGACUCUUGCCCCCUACCCCUCCCUGAGGAUUUAUUUCCGGGAGUAUAAAUGUGUGCCAUCACACCUGCCUUCCUUCAGUUUUGUUGUCUGCUUGGCUUCUUGGAUGGAUCCACAGAGCCUCAGAAAAGGACCAACGAAGCCCACCCUGGUGCUGCUCUGCUGUGUAGGAACCUGGCUGGCCAUCUGCUGCCCGUCCUUUGGCGCGCCAACAGCAAGUAUGAUAAAGACUAUAGUUGAACUCCUGAAACUCGAGUCUAAGGAACUUUAUGAAGACUACCUCAAAAAGGAUGCGGUUGGGGUGCCAACAGACGAGUCCCUCCAGCUGCCGUGUUUCACCCUGGGCUUCGAAGCAUCAACCAAUAUCUCAAUUAUCCAAGCAUAUCUGGAGACGGCCAAAAGGCUGAGCGAUAACAGAGCAGACACCGCUAAUGUCACAAAACGGCUGGACGACAUCAGGUGUUCCAACCCACCAAAACCAAGCAUUUAUGAGCCUGAAGAUUUCUAUGCACGCAAAAUCUUUACACUGACUGUUUUGAAACGGUUCUCAGACUGCAUGGCAGAACUAAAGGUUAAGGACAGGAUAUGUUGAUUGAUGAGAAGAGCUCUAGGGAAGGAAGAACUCUAGUGUCCUCAGCAGUACCUGUCCUUGGAGGGCUGGGCUUGCACUGUAGGGAUUAACUCAAAGAGACCCUGCCAUCGUGACAAGCCUUGUUAUUUAUGAUGUCUUUAUUCUGUCCACCCUUGUGGGGGCUGGAAGUGGCAGCUAUAUUUAUUUAUUAGUAUUUAUGUACUGAGUUGUUAACACUCCUUGGAGGAACCCUCAGAGUCUAUUUAAUAAAUUAUAUUGA